CUACCGAGCAUGCGCCUGGAGCUCGCCCCGCCUCCCGCCUGUGUCUUGGAUCUUGAGGCUCGAUUUUGGGGCUGCGGGCCUUGGGAAGGCUUGUGGACACCUGUGGAACGAUUCAAAACCUACGAAAGCAGAAGGUUAAAACUGUUAAGCGACUGAUAUGGCAGCCAUGAGGAUGGGAAGGCUGACAACCCUGCCUGCAAGUCUGAUAUGCACAUCUGUAAUUGUACAUGCAAGUAAAGAAAAGGAGUCCAAACAGCAGCUAAUAAGACCAGAGCAGCUUCCAAUAUAUACUGCACCACCUCUCCAGUCCAAGUAUGUUAAAGAGCAGCCUGGUCAAUUACAAAUGGGCUUUGCCUCCAUCCGUACUACAACCGGCCAUUAUAUGGGUUGGUGCAAAGGUGUGUUUGUCUUUGUGAAAAAUGGAAUAGUGAAUACUGUACAGUUUGGAAAAGAUGCGUAUGGCUAUCUGAAGAACCCACCUCAAGAUUUUCUUCCAAAAGUGGGAGUGAUUACAGUUUCAGGAUUGGCAGGCUUGUUUUCAGCGAGGAAAGGUUCUAGGUUUAAGAAAAUUGCUUAUCCUCUUGGAUUGGCCACAUUAGGAGCAUCUGUUUGCUACCCAGCUCAAUCAGUAGUAAUUGCAAAGGUAGCUGGGAAAAAGGCAUACGCUACAAGCCAGCAAAUUUACGAAGCAGUAAAAUCAUUGUGGUCAAAAAACAGCAAAAAACAAUUACUCCCUGAACCUAAAGAGAAAAACAACAUGGGAAGCUCUUCUGAAGUAGAACUAUCUGCCAAAGCAACUGACAGCUUAAUACACUCCAUGACUUUGGUAGCAGAACCUGGCUCUGAAACGAAGAACAAAUCAAAAUCUCUGUCAGGUGCUACACAGUUUAAGGCUGACCCUAAGCUCAUGGAUCAUGGGCAGUCUCACCCAGAAGAUGCAGACAUGUACAGUACUAGAAGCUGAAACAUUCUGCCGAGGGAGCUCAAGAUAUGUGAAGAUAUCAAUAAUGAUAAGAAAUUAUAUAACAAAUAACUGUGACACAUAGAACACAUUAGAUUUAUUUACCUUAGAUCUUCACUAACACAGUAGGAAUUUAUUGCUUAAGUGAUUAAAACAUAAACCAUAAACAUAAUCCAAACAAUUCUAAGCUAUUGUUUAAAAGGACUGAAGUGGCAAUAUUAAAAUGUAUUCGAUAUGACUUUUAAAAGUUAAGAAAAUAGCGUACCCCCCACAGCAUUAAAGGAAACUUUGGUGCUGUGGUCUCUUUCACUCUUUCUCUCCUCUGCCUCUCUGCUUUCUCUUUCAAAGAAAAAAUGAAUAAAGAAAAUAGCAUAAGUACUUGAACACCAAUGAGACUGAAUAUUUAAAAAUACCAGUGUAUAUAUUCAUAUUUUUAUAUAGACACAUUCAUUUGCUAUAUCUGAUUUAAUUCAGCUAAUUUAAAAUAGUGCAUAAAAGGACAUGUUUCACACAUUUAUUUUCAUUUCUCAGGACUGGAAUAAAAAUCCAUAUUUUAUGGCAAAAAAAAUAAAAUACAUAGUAUUCAACCAAGUGGUAUUUGUUUUUCAAAUUGAUUGAAUUAUGUGAAGAGAGGAGGAAAGAAACAAAAGAGGAAAAAAAGAAAGAGAAACAGCACCAAGAACUUAAUAUCACACUGCUCCAGGUGUUGGGACAGUAAAUAUUUUUUUGUGGGUAAAUAUUUUCUAAUUGGCAGGUUGAGUAGUCAUGAACAUUACUAUUUGAAUCAUCUUUGAAGCAGUAAUGUAGAGUGGAAGUCACUCAUUGCUAGAGCACCUGCCUACAUGAGCCCCUAUGUUUGACCCCUGGUAACACAGGAUACAUGAAAAGACCCCCUUGGGUGAUGAAACAAUGUGUCUUGCUCAUAAAAUAAUGAGCCAGGGAGGUGACUCAGUCAGUCAUAGAGCAUGAGCCUUUGGGUUCAAUCUCUAGCAUCACAUAUUAAAAAAUAAUAAUAAAGUUACAAUGUAACAUUCAUAAAAGGCUAGAAGGCUGUAAGUAUAUCUUAGUGUUAGCAGUUAUCUAUCUUCAUCUCCAUGUCAUCUAUAAUACAUGCGGGGAAAGAUAGGUGAUCUAAGCUCCAUUUGCAGAAGACACUUGCCAGGUAUAGAUGAUAUUGCUUAAUUCUCUGCUGCCAGUCCUUCAAGAAAAGCUUUUUACUUUGGUUAUAAAGGUAAAAAUCAAAGCACAUGCAUUUUUAAUGACAUCUUUUUGAGUUCUUGCUCGAAGACCAUCUAAAGCUGUUGUGGUUACAUCUGGUUAAUGUAUUUGUAAUUAGUUAAAUUUCUUCAUUUAAACUAAAUGAUGUUAAUAAGUCUUACUUGGGGGGGGACAGUUGAGGAUGAGAUAUAAAGGGGAUUAUUUUGAUGGGAUACUCGCUGGAGUUGUGGGUACUGUAAGGUUUCUAUACUUAUAAAUAAAACUAUACUCCUAAAUUUUUGUAGCAUUGUAAAUCAGUGACAUGUUCUCUAAAAAUUAACUAAUUAGAUGUUAUGCCUAUAUUCCCAAGAAAAGAACAAAAGAGGGCCUAGGAAAUGGCUUAACAAAGAGAGUGCAUCCCUUAACAUGCAUUAGGCCCUAGGUUUGAUUUGAUCCCAGACACCAUAUAAUAAUACCAGCGGAGUUUCAUGGGUGAUGGAACGGUACUUUAGUGUCUGUCCCUGUUUGAAUAAAUAUAAGAAAAAUUGAGAAGGAAAGUAGUUAAGUGGAAUCACAAAUGUACUAAACCCUAGGUCCUUUCCCUGAAACUGCACACACAUAUACACUUGCGUGCACAGGCAAACACACAUGAACAAAGUGAUCUGGUAAGGAGUGACAAUUAUUGUUGUAAAUCUCUCAUGCUAGGUGAAGGAAUCUUCUAAUGAUAGAGAAACUCCUGUUUUGGAGGACAUUAAUGCCCCCACAAACCUGUAAACUAGUGUACCUAUCACAUUGCAAUUCCUCAGCAGAUGCUCACAAAGUAUAUAUGUUGAUUAAGGAUAUAUAAUCUGUGGUAUCUGUGCAGUUAAACCUUGCUCAGCAAUAAAAAUGAAUGAAUCAUUGGUACAUGCAAUAGUCCAGAUGAACAUUAAAACAAUUAUACUGUGUGAAAAAGCCAGAUUUAAAAAAUAGUAAUAUUAUGUUGUUCCAUUCAUAAAAUAAUCAGGCUUAUCUAAAAGACCUGCUAAUAGUUUGCCUGGAAGGAAUAGAGAAUAAGCAGGAAGAUUUGAAAGGAAAGAGUGACAAAGGAACACUAGAAAAGAACUUUGGAGACUUGGAUAUGCUCAUUAUCUUGAUUGUAGUGAAGACUUCACUGGUGUAUACAUGUGCCAAAAGUUGCCAGAAUGUACGUUUUAAGGUAGUCGGUGGAAUGCCAGUCAUCAAUAAAACUAUAAAAAAUAAACCAGA